CGUUUUGCCAGCCUAUGACGUCAACAUUAUAAGCUUCUCCUAAUAGCACAAACAAACCUUCGAAAUCUACUUAUUAAAGAAGCGCAUAAUUCAUAAUUGUAUGUUGUCUUCUUCAAUCAUAUUAAAUGAUACCAAUUUAAACCAAACCAACUUAUAUACCCUACUCUGCGAAGCAAAACGCAAAACCACCCAUCAUUUUCCACCAACUCCUAUCAGACAAAACACACAAAGACACCAAAUCAACCAAGAUGUCGUCGAAAGCACCUAGCGAGGGAACUAAGGUCACCGCUGGCCGAAACGCCCCCGUCUCCAAUGAGGCACCCGGGGUUGUAAGCGAGGGUUCACUCGCCGCAGAGUCACAAGCAUUCCGCCAAGCCAACCAGGCAGCGCCUCAACAAGUCAGCCGUGAGGACUUAACAUCCGCCGCAAAGCCUCACGAGGGCGGCAUUCACCAAGCAUCCACUACCAACACAUCAGGCCCUGGCCGCAGCAACGUGGACACCGCACCUUCAUAUGUGCAGAGCCAGUUCAUAAAGGGCCCAGGAGGUCCGCACGGCAAGAAUUUGACAGAGGACGACAGCAUCGGCACAGAGGACAGGAAAAAGAACGCGAGCUUCUCUGAGUUCGGAACAAAGAAUGACCCCGGACUGGCCGCUGAGAAGAAAUUCGUCUCUGGGUCAACAAAUACCGGCUCUAACGCUGGACGUGAGAAGCGUGUGGAUAAUCAACAGCCGUAUGCUGCAUUGGGCGGGGACACGCAGGCAUGAGGGAGUUGAAGUGAUAAAUAGGUAUUUCGGGAAUUAAUGAUAUUGAGAUAAAGGGAAAGGCUACCUGAUGAACAGGAUACAGGCCACAGGAAUGAGUUAAUGAAAUAAACUCCAUGACAAGUAUUGGACUUAUCGUCUAUUCUCCCAUGUGAAAUCCCACUUGUGUCUUAUUGAAUCACACCAAAUACAUGUAGACAUAUUGUACUUGCCCUUGUUAAAAGAACGAUAUAGGAGCAGUGUACCUAAAGCAUUUUAUACACGUUCUCGCUGAGAUACCUCGAGUAGUCCCUUUGGCUACUCAUUUCGAAAGCUCUUAAGUUGAAUUGGAAGCAUCAAGUUUGACAGGGCACUUGAUGUAAGAUGUUAAGUCCUAAGUAAGACUCGUUAUUAUUGAUAAUAGAAUAUCUAGACAUAUCUGGUAACUCUAAAUGCUUUGUUAUGGAUAAACU